UUCUUGUCGGGUUGCCGUAAAGCACUUCGGUCCUUCCCAACUUGGAAAAUGGCGGCUAUUCCAGAUGGGCCGGUCAAGUCAGAGACUGAGUUAGAAGUAAAACCGGACAGCGUUAACGAUAUCGCCGGUAAUCCUAAUGUCGUGCAAGGAAUCGGAGGAACACCCAAGACUAGCCCCUCUGUUGCGGCUACUGUUGCCUCUGUUACACCUCCGGACAUUACAGACCGACAGACCUUGCUGGCGGUGCUGCAGUUCCUUAAGAAAAACAAACUACUUGAGUCCGAAGAGACGCUGCGAAAAGAGUCUGGUUUGUGUUUAGAUAACGAGGAGCAAUCAGGAUCGGUAGAUGGCGGGUCUGUAUGUGCUACUGGGGACGCAGAGGGCAGCGAUGCUUCCCUUUUAAGUCGCGUCUCUGGGGUAACGAGCGCGCCUGCAGCUGCGGCUGUCACUGGUGCGCCGGUACCUGCAAAAGUGACCUCUGCAACCUCUGCAGGAGAUGACCAGCCAGAUGUAAGUGUGGUGCUGUCAGCAUAUAGCCAACAGGGGGACCCUGCUCUCUACCAAGUGUAUUACAGUGGGCUGAAAAAGUUUAUUGAGUCAGUUUUGGACUGUCACAGAGCUGAGCUUUCUCAGGUCUUCUAUCCACUCUUUGUCCACAUGUACCUGGAACUGGUCUAUAAUCAGCAUGAGGCAGAAGCCAAGGACUUCUUUGAUAAGUUUCAUGGAGAUCAGGAAUGCUACUACCAAGAUGACUUGCGUGUAUUAUCUGGAUUAACUAAAAAGGAGCAUAUGAAAGGAAAUGAAACACUUCUUGACUUCAGGACUAGCAAGUUUGUCCUGCGAAUUUCUAGAGACUCUUACCAGCUUCUCAAGAGGCAUCUCCAGGAGAGACAGAACAAUCAGAUUUGGAAUAUUAUCCAGGAGCAUCUCUACAUUGAUAUUUUUGAUGGCAUGCCAAGAAGUAAGAGCCAAAUUGAUAGUAUGUCUGGUAGUCUGGCAGGUGAAGCCAGACGAGAGGCAAACAAAGCAAAAGUUUUUUAUGGACUCUUAAAAGAGCCAGAAAUUGAAGUGCCGCUGGAUGAUGAAGAUGAAGAAGCUGAAAAUGAAGAAGGAAAGCCAAAAAAGAAAAAGCCCAAAAAGGAUAGCCUGGGUUCCAAGAGUAAAAAACAAGACCCGAAUGCUCCACAGCAAAAUAGAAUUCCCCUACCAGAACUUAAAGAUUCUGACAAGCUCGACAAAAUAAUGAACAUGAAAGAAGCAACCAAAAGAAUCCGACUUGGUCCAGACAGUCUGCCCUCAAUUUGCUUCUACACCUUUCUGAAUGCAUACCAGGGAUUAACAGCAGUUGACUUCACUGAUGAUUCUAGUUUGAUCGCUGGAGGUUUCGCUGAUUCCACUGUCCGUGUAUGGAGUGUUACACCAAAGAAGCUUAGGGGUGUGAAAUCUGCAGCCGAUCUCAGUUUGAUUGAUAAAGAGUCUGAUGAUGUAUUGGAAAGGAUAAUGGAUGAAAAAACUGCAAGUGAAUCAAAAAUUCUUUAUGGCCAUAGUGGACCAGUAUAUGGGACAAGUUUUAGUCCUGAUAGAAACUAUCUUUUGUCAUGCUCAGAGGAUGGCACUGUAAGACUAUGGAGUCUGCAGACCUUCACGUGCCUUGUGGGGUACAAAGGCCACAACUAUCCUGUGUGGGACACACAGUUCUCACCAUAUGGAUACUACUUUGUUUCUGGAGGGCAUGACCGAGUAGCUCGCCUUUGGGCAACAGAUCAUUAUCAGCCUUUGAGGAUGUUUUCUGGCCACUUAGCGGACGUAACCAGCACUCGUUUCCAUCCAAAUUGCAACUACGUAGUGACUGGUUCAGCUGAUCGAACCAUUAGACUCUGGGAUGUGCUAACUGGUAACUGUGUUCGUAUCUUGACAGGACACAAAGGCCCAAUCCAUAGUCUGGCAUUUUCACCAAAUGGGAAAUUUUUAGCAUCAGGAGCAACUGAUGGAAGAAUUUUGCUGUGGGAUAUUGGGCAUGGGGUGAUGAUUGGUGAACUUAAAGGUCAUACGGAUACUAUAUAUGCACUUAAAUUCAGUAGAGAUGGCGAGAUUUUGGCAUCUGGUUCAAUGGAUAAUACUGUCAAAUUAUGGGAUGCCACAAAAGCCUUUGAUGACAUAGAGACUGACGACUUUACUGCAGCAACCGGACAUAUAACCUUACCAGAAAACUCUCAGGACAUAUUAUUGGGAACAUAUGUGACAAAAUCGACUGCUGUCGUACAUGUUCAUUUUACACGAAGAAACUUACUUCUUGCUGCAGGAUCAUAUAACCCUUAGAGGUUGAAGAAAUAACAUUCAUGUGCAGUGCACAUUAAAAUGGAUGGAAACAAGGAUUGAUUACCAUGGCUUUGAAAGCUUCUUGGCAGCAGGCUGUUAUUUACAAUAAAGACUUUAGUACAUAUUUAAAUACAGCAGAAGGUGGUUGAUGGUAAUGGUUGAAUAGAAGUUAUCCUUCAGUGAUGAACUUUUAUUCCUUGUGUUGCUUUGAUUGUGAUCAAAUUGAGGUAUUGAAGGGAUUUCUAAAAUUGCCAACAUGAUUGUGAAUCAACAGUAGGGAAUUUUUUUUUUUUUUAAUAUGUUAAUGUACAAAGAAAAAGCACUGCCAUGGAAUACGAUUUAUUUACCUUACGUUUUGAGAAUGGCAAGGAGUAUGAUGUUUUUAUAUUCUCAGAAAAAAAUGAUACACUGCCCUCACCUACUUUCUGGCUUUACUUCUUGGCCAGUAGCCAAUGUAAGAACUGAUGAUAAUCAUGUAGAAUCUGUAAGAUUAUACACAAACCACUUCAUUUCACAUCUUUUAAUUUAUUGAAGGCUGGAAUAUGGAGAAAAGUGGUCAAUUUUCUAAACUCCACCAACACAUUUUGGGACACAAAGAAAGCAAAAGCAUUAUCAUUGUCGUCUUUAUUUGUCUGUACAGUUUUUAUACCAUUUUAUACCUUGUAAAUAAAAAAAAAGUUUAUGAUG